UUCGACUCGUAUAUGGACGAACCACUAUGGAGGGCUAUUGAGAGGGUUGAGUUGAAGGAGAUGGGCUUGGAAGCCCACAUCAAUGAGGGCGGCUCCAAUCUCAGCGUCGGCCAACGGCAAUUGGUCUGCUUGGCACGAGCUAUUGUGAGGAACAAUCCAAUACUCGUGCUGGGCGAUGCGACCGCGAAUGUGGACCCGCGAACAGACGAACUCAUCCAGACAACUAUCAGGAAA